UAUAAGACUGGUUGUCAAUUGGACUUGUUAAGUUAUUCCGUGUCAACGCUUUUUGUGGAAAAUGUGCAAAAAAUUCAAAAAUAAAUAAAAAUUUUAAUAAAUAAUUAACUAAUUAACUUAAAAGUACAAAUAUAUUAUUAAAUAAUAACUAAUAUGAAUAGAGAAAAUAGUGAAAGUGGUGGUUUUGAUAAUCCUGGUUUUACCUCCUCCAAAGUGGACUUGAUAAAUACAGCGGAAAGUGAUGAAAAUAUACAAAAAACCUGUGAUUCCAUCUCCAAUAAUGAAUCUCAAACCUCACCGGGACGUGAUCAUUGGGGCAAUGGUUUGGAAUUUUUAAUGUCUUGCAUAGCUCUGUCCGUGGGCUUGGGCAAUAUUUGGCGUUUUCCCUUUAUAGCUUUGGAAAAUGGUGGUGGUGCAUUUCUGAUACCCUAUAUAAUAGUAUUAUUUUUAGUGGGUAAACCCAUUUACUAUUUAGAAAUGAUAUUGGGACAAUUUGCUAGUCGAGGAAGUGUCAAAGUAUUCGAAUAUGCGCCCAUAAUGAAAGGUAUUGGUUAUGGUCAAGUCAUCUUAACAUUUUUCAUUGCGACUUAUUAUGCCUCUCUAAUGGCCCUGACAUUACGUUAUUUGAUAUUAUCAUUUUUUGCCAUAUUACCUUGGAGUUAUUGUCGUGAAGAGUGGGGCGACGAGUGUAUUGAUUCGAAUAAUACUGAGGAUUCCACGGAAAGUCAAGUGGUAACGGAGGCAUUAAAUGGUACAAUUAAGAAAUCAUCAGCUGAACACUAUUUUUUCAAAGUUAUUUUACAUGAAACCCCCAACAUAGACGAUGGUAUUGGUGCCCCCGAUUGGUAUUUGUCUCUAACAUUAGCCGUUUCCUGGGUUAUCAUAAUGUCCAUUGUUAUACGUGGUAUCAAAUCGUCGGGUAAAGCAGCUUAUUUCUUAGCUCUAUUCCCUUAUCUCAUUAUGUUGAUUCUAUUGGUACGUUCCCUAACUUUACCCGGAGCAUUUGAUGGUGUUUUAUAUUUCCUAAGACCGCAAUGGGAUAAACUGCUCGAUGCUAGUGUUUGGUAUGCGGCCGUAACACAAGUAUUUUUCUCCUUAACCGUUUGUUAUGGUGUUAUAUUGAUGUAUGCCUCCUACAAUCGUUUCGAUCAUAAUAUAAGCCGAGAUUGUACGAUCGUCACGUCUUUGGAUACUUUUACAUCUCUGCUAUCGGGUAUUGUUAUUUUUGGUAUUUUGGGAAAUUUGGCCCAUGAAACCGGUACUACAGAUAUUAGGAGUGUGGUGAAAGGUGGACCCGGUUUGGCUUUUAUUUCCUAUCCAGAUGCUAUAGCGAAAUUUACAAUGGUGCCGCAAGUUUUCUCCGCCCUCUUCUUUCUCAUGAUGUUUAUUUUGGGUAUCGGCAGUAAUGUGGGUAUUAUAACCAGUGUAAUAACAGUGGCCUGUGAACUUUUUCCCAAAAUCAAAAGAUGGCGCAUAGUACUGGUGAUAUGUAUAAUAUCUUACUGUUUUGGUCUAAUGUAUGUAACACCUGGAGGACAAUAUAUGUUAAAUUAUAUAGACUUCUAUGGUGUAACAAUAGUGGCCUUUGUACUGGGUAUACUUGAAUUAAUAUCAGCCGGAUGGAUAUAUGGAGUUAAAAACAUUUGCCGAGAUAUCCAAUUUAUGUUGAAUAUCAAAACUUCCCUAUAUUAUCGACUUUGCUGGAGUGUUAUUACCCCAGCUUUUAUGACCGCCAUAUUGAUUUAUACGUUUGUGGAAUAUAAACCUCUGGAUUAUAAUGGUGUUAAAUAUCCCGAUUAUCUUUAUGUAUUAGGUUGGUGUAUUUCAGCCUUUGGCAUUGGUCAAUUGAUAAUAUGGGGCUGUAUUACCAUUUAUCAGAGACCAGAAUCAAAACUUUGUGAUCGUAUCAAAAAUGCUUUUAAACCAGCCACACAUUGGGGUCCUUUGGAGCCUACCAUUUUAAAAUCUUAUAAACAGUCAUUAGAGUCGGAUAUUGUUAACUCGUUGGGUGUGAUAAGAACCGGAUUUUGGUUUAAAAUAUAUGAUAACAUAUUUAAUUAAAUAUGUGUACUUAUAUACUAUAUGAAAACUAUAUUAGUUUAUUAAAUUUUAUACUUUGUUUUAGUUGUAAAUAGAUUUAAGAAUAAGGAGGAUUUUGUAAAAUACAUUCUUAGAUUAUACAUAUAUGUACAUCGAAAAAA